UUGAAUUACGUUACCAACUACCAUAAAAACGUGCUUGUUCAGUAUUUGACCCUCUGCACUGUCCCAGGUGGAAAUGGUGAAGGAGACUCUGCCCAGUUGGGUCCAGUCGGACUCAGAGGACGGCCUGGUCCAUGUGAACGUCGGGGGGCUGAAGAGAAGCCUUUGCUCCAGCACUUUAAAGAAGUUUCCGGACACCAGACUGGGAAAGCUACUGUCCUGUGACUCUGAGGAGGACAUACUGCAGGUGUGUGAUGACUACGACGUGCAGCAGAAGGAGUUUUACUUUGACAGGAAUCCUGGCCUCUUCCCGUACGUCCUUCACUUUUACCAAACUGGAAAACUGCACGUCAUGGAGGAGCUCUGCGUCUUCUCAUUCUGUCAGGAGAUCGAGUACUGGGGCAUCAACGAGUUCUUCCUGGACUCGUGCUGCAGUUACCGUUACCAUGACCGCAAACUGGAGAGCAGCCGCCACCGGAGCUGGGAAGAUGAGAGCGAAGUGAGCAGCAUCGAUACCUCCGUGGACGAGAUCUCCGACUUAAACAGAGAUAUGCAGCAUUUCCAGGAGGUACGAUACGGAAACAUGCGAAAGUGUCUGUGGCUGACGCUGGAGAACCCAGGUUACUCCAUCCCCAGUAAACUGUUCAGUCUUCUGUCCAUCGGAGUGGUGCUCACCUCCAUUGCCACCAUGUGCAUCAACAGCAUCCCAGAGUACCAGACAUUUGAUAAUGAUGGUAAGCUUAUUGAAGACCGUACUAUGCAAAUUCUGGAGGUGUUUUGCUCCUGCUGGUUCACCUUUGAGGUGGUGACGCGGCUGCUGCUGGCCCCAAACAGGAGGAAGUUCUUUCACCAUCCUCUGAACAUCAUCGACAUGGUGUCUGUGGUGCCCAUCUACAUCACUCUGCUCUUUGAUAUGACUCUGGGCUCCGAGUCUGAGCUUGGAAACAUUGGACGACUCAUUCAGGUGUUCAGGCUGAUGAGGAUUUUCAGAGUUUUGAAACUGGCCCGACACUCAACUGGACUCAGGUCUCUGGGGGCAACGCUUCGGCACAGUUAUCGUGAGGUGGGGAUCCUGCUGCUGUACCUGGCUGUGGGAGUCUCUGUCUUCUCUGGCAUCGCCUACACAGCUGAAUAUGAGCAUAAUGUGGGUCUGGACACGAUCCCCGCUUGCUGGUGGUGGGGCACGGUGAGCAUGACCACAGUGGGCUAUGGGGACGUGGUUCCCGUCACUGUGGCGGGUAAACUGGCUGCUAGCGGCUGCAUUCUGGGAGGUACCCUGGUGGUGGCGCUACCCAUCACCAUCAUCUUCAACAAGUUCUCACAUUUCUACAGACGACAGAAAGCUCUCGAGGCUUCUGUGAGGAACAACAAUCGCGGGAGCUGUGACAAUGUGGGCGAAACAGGCUCGGACAUAGAUAUAGACGACAUAGAAGAAGACGAUAUUGACUUUGAGGAUGAAGGUGGGGUUAUCAACUAUAGCUUUGUGGAGCACCCGCCGUACACCACAGAAAAGAGGAAGGACGUACAUGAGCUAUGA